CGCAACUAAUGUGUUGUACUUACAAUGAGUUGCAGUAAAAAUCAGGAUAAAAACGAUAAAAAUGCCAUUAAAACUUGUGUUAUCGAUGGUUGCGGGGCAAACUCGAAAACGAGUCCAUAUCUUUUCUUUUUGAAAGUACCGCAAAACCCCGAACGGAGGAUCGAUUGGUGCGAUGCUAUGGGAGUAGCAGUUCAGAAGGGCAGAGUCUACUGCUGUACUCGGCAUUUCGAUAUCCCCGGAGACUUUGAUGGCGACGCACCUUCAGAUAAAUCAAGUGGUAUCCGGUUGAAGCUAAAAAGCCAUGUCUUGCCUCAUAAGGAUAUAUCGAUUCAAUAUGAAACCAGGAAUAUUUAUCAGCUGUUUGAAAUUAUGAAAACCACGAAAAAAAUCGAAAAACCAAACAGAUAUUUGCUACCGGCGAUUGAACAAGAUCUCAAUAUCAAAGUUCCUUUGAAUAUUAAACCUGCAACUAUGAAUGAAACAUACGAUUACGUUAUCGCUAAAAUCAAGGAUUAUUUCAAAUCGGACCUUCCUAAGUCAAAAUAUCAGUUAGUGCAGAUGUUGAAGGGCCACAGAGAUAAAAUUGCGGAAAUGGUCAAUAAGAAAAAUAUGAAGGGUGCUCUGCAUGGUACAGUAUUGCUGAAAACGGUUCAACCAUUUCUUCAGUACGAAGCGAAUGGAAAUUUGGAUUUACCAAUCGGGCACAAAGAGCUAGAACAGUUAUAUUUCGAGUUGGAAUCCAAUCAAAUAAAAGCUUUCUUCCGUCCACCUAAAAAUGUAACAUAUAACAGUGAUGCUGAUGGUAACUUUAAAGAUCUAUUUUUCUUACCUGGAAUACGCGUAAAUUUGUCCCUUCCCUUCUUGGAGUUGGUUAGAGAAGUGGCAUUGAAUUCUGAAAAGUACAUCGUGAAUGUUAAAAGCAUCCCCAAAGCUUCUGAAGGAAAACCGAAUGGUUUGGAGUGGUUCCAGAAAGUGGAUAAACCUUACAGGUUGAAAUCUUCUAAGGUUGGUCAAUAUGUCACGUUGGAGUAUGUAGACAUCCUGAUAAAUCUUUUCGAGACAUUUGAAUUCAUGAUGAGUCAACGUCAAAGAUCCACUUUGAUAUUUCUUUUGCAGCAAACAAGAAAGGAUUUGUCAGAAUAUGAAAUGAAGGAACUUCAAAUCACCUACAGUUGCUUUUUGUCUAACUACAAGUACUAUCGAAUCAUAAACGAAGACAUCGCACAAGAAAUUGGAGAUGAGGAAUUUUACAUGUUUGUGAAGGAAGUAAUCAAUCCUGAAUUGAAUUUUCAGUUCAUAAACGCAAUCGAUAGCAAUGUAGCGAGCAUCGACAAAAUUGAUCAAUACUUUCGACCAAUCCUUGGUUACAUAAAUGAGGAAGCUGGGUUUACUGACGGAGAACCGUACCUGACUUUCGCUGAUCAAUUGAAGAAGGCAAUUAGUUACACGUGUCAGGAGUGUAACAUAACCUUUGAGUCACCACUUGCUCAUCUCACCGUCAAAGAACAUCGAUUUUGCGGUACCAAAAAGUGGAAAUGUGUUCACUGUAAUGCGGCGUUUUUAGAAACAAAGCUUGCUACUGAUAUGUGGGCUCACAAGUGUCCCUAUACGUUUUGUAAAUAA